GUGUGCGCAGGCGCGAGGUCGGCUGCUCUCCCAGAGCGGGAGGGAGGGGCGGCGGCGAAUGAGCGAGCGAGUGGUGAGAGGGCGCAAGUGAGACCCCGGCGCCUGCCGCGGGGAGCCCCCCGCCCCGCCUUCGCGCGCCCGGCGGCUUCCCCGCGCCGUGCCCGCCCCCGGCGCGCGCCGGGCCGCGCCCUUCGCCCUCUCCCCUUCCUCGGCGGGCGGCGCGGAGCGGCCCGAGGGGCGGCGCCUUCUGCGGCCGCCCCGGCGGGGGGAUGUGAGGGGCGGCCGGCGGCCAUGGAGACGGGCCCGGCGCCCCUGGUGGCCCCGCCGCGCCGUCAUGGCUCCCCCGCGGCCUCCGCGGUGCCCUCGCCGCCGCCCCGAGGCUCCCGGGCCGGACCCGUCGUGGUGGUGGCUCCGGGGCCGCCAGUGACCACGGCCAUCUCGGCCCCGGUCACCCUGGUGGCCCCCGGGGAGGCGCGGCCCGCUUGGGUCCAGGGGCCGAGCCAGACCUCGGAGGCGGCGGCCCCGACGGUCCCGGGCAGCACGGUGCUGGUGCUGACCCUGGAGGCCUCCGCCCAAGCCCCGACGGAGCAGGGGGCCCCCGGCCCGGAGCCCCCGGAGGCCGUGGCGGGAGCCGAGACGCCGGUCACCCCGGCCCCGGGGGCAGACUCUCGGAAGAUGGAAGAGGUUCGAGCCUCCCCCGCCCGCGGCCCGGGGACCCCGACGGGGACCCCCACCAGGACCCCCUCCAGAACGGCGCCCGGGGUCCUGACGGCCAAGCCCCCGCUCGCUCCCAAGCCCGGAACCUCCGUGUCCUCGGCGGCGGCUGCACGCGUCGCGGCGGCGACUGAGGGGCCGGUGACAGGCGGCCCCGGGGCGGCGGCGGCAUCGGCAUCGGGGUCAGCAACGGGCUCCGCAGGACGCGCCCCGGAGGACCCCCCCUCCUCGGCCGCGGGUCCCGGCGACCCUCCGGUGGCGGUGGUGACCGUGACCCCGGCCCCCGAGCCCGCGGACAACUCUCAGGACCUCGGCUCCACGUCCAGCCUGGGCCCCGGCAUCGCCGGGCCGCGGGGGCAGGCCCCGGACACCCUGAGCUACUUGGAAUCCGUGAGCCUCAUGUCCGGGACCCUGGAGUCCUUGGCGGAUGAUGUGAGCUCCAUGGGCUCCGACUCGGAGAUCAACGGGCUGGCGCUGCGCAAGACGGACAAGUACGGCUUCCUGGGGGGCAGCCAGUACUCGGGCAGCCUAGAGAGCUCCAUCCCCGUGGACGUGGCUCGACAGCGGGAGCUCAAGUGGCUGGAUAUGUUCAGUAACUGGGAGAAGUGGCUGUCACGGCGUUUCCAUAAGGUGAAGAUGCGCUGCCGGAAGGGGAUCCCCUCCUCCCUCAGAGCCAAGGCCUGGCAGUACCUGUCCAACAGCAGGGAGCUUCUGGAGCAGAACCCGGGCAAGUUUGAGGAACUAGAGCGGGCUCCUGGGGACCCCAAGUGGCUGGAUGUGAUUGAGAAGGACCUGCACCGCCAGUUCCCAUUCCAUGAGAUGUUCGCUGCUCGAGGGGGCCAUGGACAGCAGGACCUGUACCGCAUCCUGAAGGCCUACACCAUCUACCGGCCGGACGAGGGCUACUGCCAGGCCCAGGCGCCCGUGGCCGCGGUGCUGCUCAUGCACAUGCCUGCCGAGCAAGCCUUUUGGUGCCUGGUGCAGAUCUGUGACAAGUACCUCCCGGGCUACUACAGUGCAGGGCUGGAGGCCAUCCAGCUGGACGGGGAGAUCUUCUUCAUGCUGCUGCGUCGGAUCUCCCCGUUGGCGCACCGGCACCUGCGGCGACAGCGCAUCGACCCCGUGCUGUACAUGACCGAGUGGUUCAUGUGCAUCUUCGCCCGCACGCUGCCCUGGGCUUCGGUCCUCCGCGUCUGGGACAUGUUCUUCUGCGAAGGUGUGAAGGUCAUCUUCCGCGUGGCGCUGGUGCUACUGCGGCACACGCUGGGCUCGGUGGAGAAGCUGCGUGCCUGCCAGGGCAUGUACGAGACCAUGGAGCAGCUGCGCAACCUGCCCCAGCAGUGCAUGCAGGAGGACUUCCUGAUGCAGGAGGUGACCACCCUCCAGGUGACAGAAGCAACCAUCGAGCGAGAGAACGCAGCCCAGAUCAAGAAGUGGCGGGAGACCCGAGGGGAGUUGCAGUACCGGCCCUCGCGCCGGCUUCACGGCUCCCGGGCCAUCCACGAGGAGCGACGGCGCCAGCAGCCCCCCCUGGGCCCUUCCUCCAGUCUCCUCAGUCUCCCUGGCCUCAAGAGCCGGGGCUCCCGGGCAGGUGGAGGGGCCCCCUCUCCGCCCCCACCCGUCCGCAGGGCCAGCGCUGGACCUGUCCCCGGGGCCGUGGUCACCUCCGAGGGACUGCACCCAUCCCUUCCUUCGCCAACUGGCAACAGCACCCCGCUUGGCUCUAGCAAGGAGACUCGCAAGCAGGAGAAGGAGCGGCAGAAACAGGAGAAGGAGCGGGAGAAGGAGCGGGAAAAACAGGAGAAGGAGAGGGAGAAGGAGCGGCAGAAACAGGAGAAGGAACAGGAGAAGCAGGAGAAGGAGCGGCAGAGGUGGGAGAAGGAGCAGGAGAAGGAGCAGCAGAAGCUGGAGAAGGAGCGGCAGAAGCAGGAGAAGAAGGCGCAUGGCAAGAAGGCCUCCCUGCGCCGGAAGGCUGAUGGGCUGUCGGCCCCCUCAGAGGGCGGGGACCGGGCUGCAGCCUCGGAGGCCCGGCAGGACGCUUACUUCUGACCUCUGCCCUGGGGCUGGACUGCAUGGCCCCCUCUUUGUCCCGAUGCCAGGAGCAGGCCUGGCCUCUGGGGUACCCCAGCUCCCUGCCCCAGUGUGCACGGGCAGCUGGGGCCCGCCCCUCCUGGUAGGCCCAGAGGGGUCUCAGUCACUCCUGUCCCGUGCCCCUCUGGGGGACGGGGAGGUUCCUUCCCAGGUGCUGUCCUGACAGGCCUUUUGUCACCAGAGAGGUGACACUGGGCUGCGGGAGACAGCGGGUUUUGGAUUCUUCCAAUCCAGCCGCUCCUCUUCUGUGUAAGGAGGAGUGAGCUGGGUCCUUCCCCGUGAAGUGGAAUGAGGUUCCUUUUGCCCUCCUUCAGCCCUACUUGUCUCCCACUUCCUGGCCUGGGGUGGGGGCAGGAAGGGGGCACAAGGCUGGCCUCAGUCUACUUCUGGACAGCUCCGUUGUAAUUAUGUACAGAGGACACAGUUGGCUUGGGGUGGGGGUGCUGACUGUCUUCUGUUGUCUGAUUCUCCCACAGUGUUCUAGUUUAUUUAAGGGGACACGCACUGGAGCAGGAAAUGUCCCCCACCCCAGCUGUCCCCCCUCCUCACCCUCCUCCCUCUGUAUUCUCAGGCCUUUCCUGCUUUGUCUCACCAGCAUCCCCACCUUUCGCCUCGUCCCCUCCCAUCGAUCUGGCCCCCCAGAUCUGGACAAGGGGUCUUCCCUUGUGCUCCAGGGGUGGAACCCAAUGUUUACAUUCUCUUCUGUCUCCGCCUCCCCACCCCCACCCCCCAAUUUGCGCUUCAAAGAACCUGCUAUUGAACCUGG